AUGAUAUAUUCGUUAAACAUUUUAGUCAGCCAAAAAACAAGGAAGUGAGACAAGUUGUUGCUUUUUUAUUUUAAAAACAUAUUUUAGAGAUUGAUGAGGGCUAAAGAAAAGGUAAAUGGCUGAACACCAUUCUCUCCAGUACUGGUUGGAAAGUAUCAAUUUACCUCAGUAUUAUAUAAACUUUAUACAGGAAGGUCUGAUCAGUCGCGAACAAUUUGCUGGCAUUGAUGAACAAACUUUAACCAGCAUUGGGGUAACACUACCAGGCCAUCAAAGGCGAAUUCUUACACAUUUACCAAAUGAAAGUAAUUGGAUUGAAAAUGAGACAACUUUACCUAAUCUCCCGCCAAAAAAGAAAUCAGUGAGAGACUCUUUCUUGUAUGAGGAUCAUAAACCACCUGAUAGUUUACCUCUUCAGAAGAAUUCAGGUAACAGUGAUAUGAACACAGCAAUAGAUCCUCUAAAAGUUUCUCCACGUCCUGUGCCAAGACCACGACAAAAAUCUGGCCAUUUAAAAUCUCCACCCUCAACACCAAAUGAAGCAUGUAUGCCAAACGAAGAAAAACCAAAGCCCACAAAGAGACCUACACCAGCUCCUCGUAACCUUGUGUCUCCAAAGGUCAAACCACUUGAACCUUCUCUGUCAGAUAUUCAUGAACAAAAACCUUCCCCGGACACAGUAACUAAAUCCAUAGACAACAAAUUAAAGUUUGGAAACUUAACUUUUAAUAGCAAUGUUACAGAAACACAUUCAAAUGAACACGAAGUUCAAAAUCGUAAUGAUUCUGUGAAAUUAAAGGAUGUUUGUGUAGAAGAAACAUCAACAGAUGACACCUCGUUUUCAGGGUUGUAUAGUUUUCCAGUGAAAGAGAACGUAUCUAACCAUAAUACCAAGUUAAAUGAUCCAGGAUAUAGUGGGGAUGACAACAUUAAAGAUAUGAAGGAUCACAAUGACUCAACUGAAGCUGAAGAAGAUGACCUAUAUAUAAACAUAGACAGUUCAGGGGAGAGUUUAUUAAAAGAUCUUCCUGCUAGAGAAAAGGCAAAAGAAAUUGCUGAAGCAAGUCUUUGUGCUUCUUUUGUUACAACUGAAAAAUAUGAAAAUGCUGACUUUGAUCCUUUGUCUAAGAAGUACCAAGUUAAAAUUGAAGACAUUGAACAUGUUAGUGAUAGAACUAUUAUAAACCAUGAAACAAAACAUGAAUUACCUGAAACAUCAUCAAGAAAUUCUCCUGAGUUAUGCAAAAGUGUUGCUGCUGAAAAUGAAGGUGAUGAUGAUCGCAUAUAUGAACCUAUAUGGGAGAAUAAACUGGAAGAAACAUUGACUAAACCUAGUGAUAAUACCCAAGCUUCAAGUUUGAUGCAAUUUUCUCCAUUAGUUACAGAAAGUAGUUCAUCUGUUAUAACAAGACCUAAAGAUGGAUUGGCUGCACAAAUGUUACAGAAUAGGGUAUCAUCAUAUGGUAGAGAUUCUGCAUCAUUUGAUAUGCCACCACCCCAGUUUGCUCCACCACCAUUGCCACCAACAAUGACUAACAUGAAAGAUGUGAUAUGUGACUUUGAUCCCCUGGCAGGUACAGGAGGACAUAACAUGCCCCCUGUACCACCAAGGCCAUCCAACUAUACUCCACCAAAGAUGUUCAAACCAUAUGAGAACGUGCAAUUUCCAAUGGGUGCUGAAUCAACAACUUUACCUGGGCACAAUAGUGACAUGGAACCUGAUGUGCCAGUCUUUUCAUCUGCAUUGAUAUACCAAGAUGCACGUGCAUCCUGUGCAGAUGAUCCUUUCAAAUAUGAAGACCCAUUUGGACAGUUUAAACCUGAUUGUGAUGGGUUUGAACCUGAGAAUUUACCACCAUCAUCUUGUAACACAAAUACUCAAGCUGUUCAUGACGAAAGUGCUAUAUAUGAAGCUGCUAAGGAUCCUGAUGAUUUUGAUCCAUUUGGAUUGAAAAAUCAUAAACCAAGCCUGACCUCUCUACCAAGGUCUAUCUCUAGUGGGAGCAGUAACAGCCAGUUCCGCCUCAGUGAGGUUCCUCCAGCACCAAAGACCUACAAUGCCUCACCAGAAUCAAAUAGAAUGUACUCAGUUGCUGGGAACUUAAAUGAUGGUGAUUCAAGCAGUAAUGGUAGUUUAGAUGAUUUAAUUGAUGGUGGUGAUCAUAAUGAUGAGGACACUAGUUCUGGUACAAUGACUCAAGUAGAGAUACUUCCCACAACUGCAUUAUCUCCAAGAAGAAAGGAGAGAAGUGGCUAUUUGUAUAAACAAGGAGGAGUAAAACAGAAUCGUGGCUGGAGGAAAAGAUGGGUUAUAUUUGAUGGUAAAUCCCUGAGAUACUACUGCAAUGCUAAGGAUCAAGUAUCGAAGAGGAUAGUGCCAUUGUCAUGUAUGACCAAUGUUGAAAUGGAUGUCAAG